AACAAACUUGUAGACAAUUCCAAAUCAGUAAUUUUUUCUUACUACGAAAUUGUACGGGAUUUUUAAAUUUUACGCUUCUCACUUAAUCGAUUAAUAAUUUUUUCAGUCGGUUGUCUAAUAAUUAGCUGUUAUAGGUGUCUCAAUAAUCUUAUUGAUAUGGCCGAAUAUCUGGCGUCUAUUUUUGGUACUGAAAAAGACAAGGUUAACUGUUCAUUUUAUUUCAAAAUCGGUGCUUGCCGUCAUGGUGAUCGUUGUUCAAGAAUACAUAAUAAGCCAACUUUCAGUCAGACUGUGUUAUUGCAAAAUCUUUAUGUCAACCCACAAAAUUCUGCAAAAUCUGCAGAUGGAUCACAUCUGGUCUCGAAUGUAACUGAUGAAGAGAUGCAAGAACAUUAUGAUAAUUUCUUUGAAGAUGUUUUUGUGGAAUGUGAAGAUAAGUACGGAGAAAUUGAAGAAAUGAAUGUUUGUGACAAUUUAGGAGAUCAUCUUGUUGGAAAUGUUUAUAUUAAGUUUCGUAGAGAAGAGCAUGCAGAGGCAGCUGUUAAUGAUUUAAAUAACCGGUGGUUUGGUGGUCGUCCAGUUUAUGCUGAGUUGAGCCCUGUAACAGAUUUUCGUGAGGCCUGUUGUCGUCAGUAUGAAAUGGGAGAGUGUACAAGAAGUGGAUUUUGUAAUUUUAUGCACUUGAAACCAAUAUCACGAGAACUACGUAAAUAUUUAUAUAGUCGUCGUUCACGUAGACAUCGUUCCCGUAGUCGUUCACGUGAUCAUGUUGGAACUCGUAGAACAAGAUCACCUUCUCCUCGACAUGGCCAUCAUCGUGGUGGUGGUGGCAGCGGUGGUGGUGGUGGCGGCGGCGGACGUCGAGAUCGUAGAUACUAAUUUUAUUUUAAGUUAAUAGGUUUACUCAGUAUGUUCAAAACAUUUUUUUAAAUAUAUUAAUCUAUGUUAUAAGUUAAACUACAAUAUUACAACUCAAAUUAGUCUUACUUAGAUUCUUAAUUAUUGUAAUUGACAACUACCAGAUAUUUUCUUAUAAUAUAUGUGAAUUCAU